AAAAGAGUUUACAAGAGAUGGUCUUUAAGUGUAGAACAAAUGUAACUUUAAUAUUCUAUGUAGAUUCUGCUUUAGGCCUAGUAAUCACCAAAGCCUCUGAAGAAAUCCCAUUUCCACUAAACGUCGUAUGUUGCUGUUCUUAUUAGUUAUUUCAAUCCUGAAAUCGAAAUAAUGACCUACCAAAAAAUGUCAUCCAUGCAUCAUGUUCCUAGAUUCAUUCAUCAGAUGAAGUUGAUAUUAUAAUAUUUAUAGGAAUUAACCAUUGCAUUCGGUCAUACUUUUCACAUGUGCUCAAUCUGGACAGCUUGAUCUUUAAUGUUCUAAUAACAAAACAUAUAACAUAUAAUAUAAUGAUAAGAACAGGCCAUUCAGCCCAACAUGCUCGCCAUUUCCCUACCACUGAAGUGCAGGCCUACCUAGUGCUCGGCUUACCCACAAACUAGAUAAUAUCUAGCACCAUAUGAAAACCUGGUCUUGUAAACAGAGUUUAUGACUCUCCUACAUGACCUGGCAAGCUAUUCCACACAGCAAGUAGUACUCUCUGUGUAGAAAAAAUACUUUCUAACUAUCUGUGCGGAAUUUACCUUCUGCCAAUUUUAAUUUAUGCCCCACGUGAAGGUGCUUACUGAAGAACACUCAGAAAACAAAAAAACAACAGCGCAUGCACACGUGUGUAGCCCUACUUUCCUUCUCAAGUUAGCGCUAGAUUUGUGGAGAUAAUUCGCUCACAAUAAGCUAUGAGUAUCAUAUUACGCUCAAACUGGUAGCUGAGGUAUCUCUGUGACCUCAGGCACACCGAACAUUGUGUUUCCGCUCGUUGCCCGAGAGCUCACAAAAGGAAGCAUUCAAUCGAGAGUCUGCUGUAAACACAGACUAAAGUCGCUUAAAAGAACAGCACUUCCCCAGUCUGAGUAUUCAAGUUGACCACCUUUUACAUGUGCAGGUGGUUCUCCUACAAAAAAAACCAAGCUUGGUGGCCUAAAAGUGUCUUUCUCUUGCAGCCCAUGUUAAGCUAAUAGAAAUUAUUUUUUAUUGUUGUUUGAUUUUAGUUAUUUGCUGGACUACUUGUGUAAAUUAAGUCAUUUUAUUGUUACAGAUGUGUCACAAUGGCAAGUAUGUUCAUUUGCCGAGAGGUUCAUAUUUAUGGCUUGUAUUUGAUAAUGUACUUAUCUACAUAAUUGGGGGCUUCACCUCAACACGUUUUAGCGUCAUUGAACGACCUUCACAGAUAAUGACGUUUUUGUGGAUUCUGUCAACAUUGGCUCUCACGGCCCUGCGUGGCGGAACAGUGUUCAGGAAACGCAGCUGCUCGCGGCGCUCGCUCACACGCUUCUGUACGGUAUCAGAAGACAAGUGCUCAGCAGCAACAUUGAGCUGUUGUGGUACGACAAAGCUGGAGUUGCAGGCUGCAAAUGCUCGUGUCGCUUUGAUCCGAACCGCGCAUUGACCAGGUUCCUGUAAACUGAUAUGGUUUUACGGGAACGGCCAGCGCAUUCAUGAAGCCAUAAUCAAACAACCGUGCCACUGAUCAAGGAGCAAAACUGGCUGACAGGAUACAACCGCGUUAUUUGUUUAUGCAAUGUAUCUGUCGCUCUCCCAUCGUACCGUGCCGAGCGAAUACUCCCUCUGGCAGAAGAUCCGCAUCCACACUGCCGGGUUGAAGCACGCCGGAAUGCCGAUAGUUGUCUGUUAGUAGCAAUAUAAUUUUAAGUCAGGUGCUGCACAGCUAUUAUUUAUCAGGGACGACGCUUAAAAAAAAAUAACAACAACGACGACGACAACAAUUUCCUCUAAAGACUCUGGAUUACACGUUGCGACGAAAUCUUCAGGAGAUUUUUUCCCCUCAUUUGGUUUACAGACUGUAUUUAAAACCAGGGGCGCAAGCCUUCCCCAUUUAAGGUUUGCGUUGGGUCGUGUCGCUGCCGAAUCACCAAAUCAACUUGUGGGGAAACGGGGAGAUGGAUCCCGAGCAGCGGAGCCAGAAAGACCCGGACCCAGCGGGGCCAAUCAGAGCAGUUUCAGCACCAGGCCGCUCUUCUGCACCCUCAAAAUCAGCCAAUCCAGCUGCCCCAGCAUCUGCCCCACAAUCCACUCCGGCAACUGCCCAGCCAACCGGCUCAGCAACUGCCCCAGUGUCUGCCCCACAAACUGCCCCGGCAUCUGCCCCACAAACUGCCCCAGCAUCUGCCCCACAAUCCACUCCGGCAUCUGCCCAGCCAUCCGGCUCAGCAACCACAGCAGCAACCGCUCCAGUAACUGCCACGGCAAACAUUCCAGCAACCGCCCCAACAACCGGCCCAACAACUGCCCGUGCAACUACCCCAGCAACUGCUCCAGCUACUGCCCCAGUAACUGCCCCCGCAACCACUCCAGGAACUGCCCGUGCAACUACCCCAGCAACCACUCCAGCAACUGCCCCAGUAACUGCCCCAGCAACCACUCCAGCAACUGCCCCAGUAACUGCCCCAGCAACCACCCCAGCAACUGCCCCAGUAACCGCCAACAGGGCGCGGAAGCUCGAGAGAGCUCCCAGAGCACAGUCAUCGACUGAGCCCAAACCCACAGAGGCGACCCAGCCCCCUGCAGCCCCCUCCAAGACCCCCCACCCCAGGCCACCGGGGUCCGGGCCCACCCCCUCUGCAGCGAAGCCCCCAGAGCCCACCCCAGCAAAGGGACCACCGGGGCCAUCGCCCAAUCCGAAUGUCCGACCCCACCCGCUAGGGUCCCGGAGCCCCUUCUCAACGAGGGCUGCCUCUGUGCCCCAUCCUCCCCCCACCAGCCCCGUCCCGCCCCACCUCAGCCCCCACCCACAGAGGGCCUUCUCAGUGGCAGGUACAGCGGACACCCAGCCCCAGCCUGUGGAGGACUUCAGGGUGCACAUAAUCACAUGGAACGUUGGGUCGGCUGUGCCUCCCGAUGACAUCAUUUCCCUUUUGGGGCUGAACGUGAGCGAUGGGAACACGGACAUGUACAUCAUCGGGCUGCAGGAAGUGAACUCCAUGAUCAACAAGCGUCUGAAGGACGUGCUGUUCACGGACCAGUGGAGCGAGCUGUGCAUGGACACCCUCAGUCCCUUUGGAUACGUGCUGGUUACGUCCCAGCGGAUGCAGGGGGUGCUCCUGCUGGUGUUCGCCAAAUACUACCACCUGCCUUUCCUGAGAGGGGUGCAGACGGAGAGCACCCGCACGGGCCUGGGGGGCUACUGGGGCAACAAGGGCGGGGUCAGCGCCCGCAUGACGGUGUUCGGCCACUCGGUGUGCUUCCUGAACUGCCACCUGCCCGCCCACAUGGAGAACUCGGAGCAGCGCAUGGACGACUUCGACAGCAUCCUGCAGCAGCAGCAGUUCGAGGGCCAGGCGGCUUCGGGGGUGCUGGACCACGAUGUGGUUUUCUGGUUUGGGGACUUGAAUUUUCGUAUCGAGGACUAUGAGAUGCAUGUUGUGAAGGGGGCCAUUGACAAUAACAGACUCUCUCUGCUUUGGGAGAAAGACCAGCUCAACAUGGCGAAGGACAGCGAGCAGGUUUUGGAGGGGUUUCAUGAGGGUCCCCUCAAAUUUCCUCCUACUUACAAAUUUGAUGUUGGGACGCACACGUACGACACUAGUGGCAAGAAACGGAAGCCCGCCUGGACGGACCGCAUCCUGUGGCGGCUGAGGGCGGCGGCCCCGCCGGGGCCCCCGAACAGCGGCGGGCCGAGGCGCAGCCCCACGGCGGGGCUCACCAGCGGCACCAGGGUGACGCAGCACUUCUACCGCAGCCACAUGGAGUACACCGUCAGCGACCACAAGCCCGUCUCCUCCCUCUUCACCUUGCAGUUCCCAUAUAAGGUGGAUAUUCCCUUGGUGACUCUUACUGUGGAAGAUGAGUGGAACCAAGUGUCAGACGCCAAGGCCAAGUUCAAGAUGGCUGCCAACUACUCCCGCAGUUCCUGGGACUGGAUUGGACUGUACAAGGUCGGAUUCAAGCACCACAAGGAUUAUGCAGCCUAUGUGUGGGCCAAGCAGGAAGAGUCAGAUUACUUGACCCAGGAAUAUCAGGUGACAUUUGACGAGGAGGAUUUGCCCAAGGGCUCUGGAGACUACAUCUUGGGUUACUAUAGCAACAACAUGAGCUCCAUCGUGGGAGUGACGGAACCCUUCCAGAUCCAGCUGCCCACGUCCAGCCCGGAGGCCAGCCCGUCGGACAGCUCCUAUUCCAGCGCGGAGGAGGAGGGCGCCGGGGGGGCCCUCCUGCGCCCUACGUCCCGCAGCCCGAGCCCCGGCGGGUCCAAAACCCGCCGCCGCAGCCGCAGCCGCAGCCCCGCCCUGGCCAAGCUGCAGGGCCUGCGCCUCACGUCCCGCAGCCCCUCCCCCCGCCCCCCCGCCAGGAAGAAGAAGGAGCGGCGGGGCGACACGCCCGACGGCCUCCUGUCGCCCGCCGCCUCCAGCCCCCCCGCCUCCUCGUCCGCCAUGGGCGCCCUCGUUACCGCCAUCUCCGGCGAGCAGCUGUCCGCCCUGGCCGCCGAUCCCGCCGCGGAGAGCGGGGAGACGGGGUCGUCGUCGUAGCGCACGACCCGC